AUGGAGUCAAGUUUGACGUCGAGUUUCCUGAAAAUUGGUGAUACAGUAGCUUUAUAUGCCGAAGGAACAGUUUGUGGAUUCAUCAGUACAUUGGGACUUGUCGAUGAUCGAUGCGUGGUACAACCUGAUGCCGGUGAUUUACAAAAACCGCCAAAAAAAUUCCGAGAUUGUCUAUUUCGUAUAUGUCCGAGUCAUCGAUACAGUGCCCAGACGCAAUAUUGGAACGCUUUGAAAAGUCCAAGUGCAGUUCGCGAUUUGAAGAAAUUACAAUUAGCAGCUGAUACAGAAAAACGUCAGAAUGAAGAGGAAAGUCGAAAGCAAACGGGUACAAUCAUAAAAUACGGCGAUACCGUUGUACAAUUGCUUCAUAUUAAAAGUAAUAAAUAUUUAACUGUGAAUAAACGUCUACCAGCAUUUUUGGAAAAAAAUGCCAUGCGUGUUUCUCUGGAUGUGAGCGGUACGGAAGGUUCGUGGUUUCAAAUCGAACCUUAUUAUAAACUGCGAGCAAAAGGUGAACGUGUAGUGGUAGGUGAUAAAGUUGUGUUAAUGCCCUACAGUGGUGGUCAACCGCUACAUGUCAGCGAAUUAGAACUACCAGAUCAUCCUGGUUCCAAAGAGAUCAAUUGUCAUUCAUAUACUUCCGUAAACUCGCACCUACAAACCAGUUGGAAAAUCGUAUUAUUUAUGUCGUGUUAUGAGGGAACUAAUGAAGUCUUGAAAAGUGGUGAUAUUGUUCGUUUGUUUCAUGCCGAGCAAGAAAAAUUUCUGACAUGUGAUAAUUAUCGCAAGAAAAGUGUGGUGUUUCUCCGCGCUACUGGUCGUGCAUCAGCAACAUCGGCAACUUCUUCCAAUGCACUAUGGGAAAUAGAAGUUGUUCAACAAGAUCCAUGCCGUGGUGGUGUUGGACAAUGGAAUUCCUUAUUUCGUUUUAAACAUCUAGCCACCGGACAAUAUCUUGCUGCUGAAGUUGAUAAUGAUCAAACGUUCGAUGCAACGCGUCAGAAACUUCGCGGACCUCCAGGUACACCUGUGUUUGCUCUUGUACCUAUUCCGCACGGCUACGAUAUCUCAUCCAUAUUCGAACUUGACCCUACGACUAUCACACGUAAUGAAGAAGCUGUACCUUGGGGUUCUUACGUACGGUUGCAACACAUCUGUACGAAUACUUGGGUACAUUCGACUAAUAUCAAAUUGGAUCCGGACGAUGAUAAUGUUCGAUUUAAAAUUGGAUGUGCACUAACCAAAGAAGACCGAGAAGCAUUUCAAAUUGUACAUGUAUCACCUGAUGAAGUACGAGAUUUAGAUUUCGCUAACGAUGCUGCCCAACAUUUCGACAUGACUGUGUCCAAAUGGGAAAAAAUUGGUGUAAUGAAUGUUCAUGCAAACGAUAGAAAACAAGUGAUAUUACUUUUAACUGAUAUUAUGUACUUUCUUGCUUGUCAAGAAAAUAAUGGUAGUGAUCCGUUUGAUGUUCAAAUUUUGAAGCCAAAUCGCGAACGUCAAAAAUUGAUUCGGGAACAAAAUAUCCUCAAACAGUUAUUUCGUAUUCUUCGUGUGUUAAAAUCACGAUUAGAACAAGAACGUUCGAAUGUUCAUGCAACUAACAAUGCGUCGUCGACAACAGCACGAACAGAUCCUUAUUUCAAUCAAUAUCAAAGUACAGCAAUGACCAAUAAUGAUUCCUAUGGCUCAUCUCAACAGCAAGAUGCAGAUGUACGUUUUUCAACUACAUUUUAUCAAAUGAAAACCAUCUGUCGCCUUUGUUAUCGAAUUCUCAAACACUGCCAACAAGAAUAUCGAAAAAAUCAAGAAACGAUUGCUAAAGAAUUCUCUUUCAUGCAAUCACAAAUCGGCUAUGACAUACUUGCUGAAGAUACAAUCACGGCGUUAUUGCAUAACAAUAAGAAAUUAUUGGAAAAGCAUAUUACCGAAAAGGAAAUUGAUACAUUCGUUAAAUUGUUACGCGAAAAACGCGAUUGCAAAUUUCUUGAAUAUCUGUCAGAUCUAUGCGUGUCAAGCAAUCAAGCUAUCGCCAGAACACAAGAAAUGAUCUGUAAAUCUGUUCUGGAGAAAAAUUCGGAUAUUUUAAUACGAACAAAAUUGGAAGUCAAAGGAUGUGUUGAAGAUAUGAUCUUAGAUGAUAACAUGAGUCCGCCAACUGGUUUCUCAAAUCAAAAUGUUCUACGUGAAGUUAUACUAACAUGGGAUGGAAAAUCCGAAUCCAUUGAAUUCAUGGCUGGAGUUGUUCGGGAUCAAUUAGCGCAUCCGAGACGCGACGAAUUUCGAAGUAUCUUAGAGUAUUAUCGAUAUCAACUCAAUUUAUUCUCGCACAUGUGCUUUGAUCGACAAUAUUUGGCCAUUGAUAAUCUAUCCUUAGAACUAUCGAUCGAAUUGAUCUUAGCAUGUACGAAAAGUGAGAAUCUUCCAGCAGACUUGCGUGCUGCCUUCUGUCGUUUGAUGGUUCAUAUGCAUGUCAACCGUGAUCCACAAGAAGAAGUGACACGAAUAAAAUACGCUCGUUUAUGGAAUCAAGUUAAACCAGCCAUUUCUUUGAAUGAUUACGAUCAAACUAUUAGCGGUUCUCUUGAACCGACGGAGAAGAAUGAAAAUCGACCGAAGUUUGAAUCAACAAUGAAGUUUGUCGAAGAUUAUCUGAAAACUGUUGUCGAACAGCCAAAUUCAUUUUCGGAUCGAGAACAAAAUAAAUUAACGCACGAAGUGGUUAAUUUAGCUCGUCGGUUAAUAUUCUUCGGUUUUUACAGUUUCGAAGAUUUACUGAAACUAACCCAAACAUUACUGGGCAUUCUGGAUACAAGUAAAGUCUUAUCUAGCAAUCUUCAUCCAUUAUCAAUAGAUCAAGUUGGUGCACUCAGUACUAAUUCCAAAGCGACGAAAUACGAUCAUGUCAUACCGACGACAACGUCGUAUACCGUUGCCGAAGGUGUAGUUGAGCCUUCAGCUGAUGUUCUCGAUGAUUUAGCGUACGAAACCAAGAUGAAUGUGAUUGCAAUUCUCGAAUUCAUUCUCGAUAUUCGUCUUGAUUUUCGUAUAUCUCGGCUAAUUUCGAUAUUCAAACAGAAAUACGAUCGUCUCGAUCUACCAAACAAUCUAACCGGUAUGGAUUUACAAGUCGCCGAUAUAGAAUGCAUUUUUGAUUCGAAUUCAAACUCUGCUAAUGAACCGAAUCUCGAUUUGGACGAUGCGAAGGGAAAGAUUUUUCUCAAAGUUUUGUUGAAUUUAAUCAUGCACGACUAUCAACCGUUAGUAUCACGUGCACUGUCACUAUUAUUUCGACAUUUCAAUCAACGAAAAGAGACGCUACAGCAUUUGAACCAAGUCCAGUUACUUGUCAGUGAGACCGAUAUUAAAAAUUAUAAACAAAUCAAACGCGAUCUCGAUCAAUUGCGAUUGUUUGUCGAAAAAUCCGAGUUAUGGGUUUAUAAAAAAAGUAAAGAUGGUGGAUCGAUAGCAGCAGGUGGUAAUGAAACAAAUGCAGAUCAGGAUGAUCGAAAAGACGAUGAAUUCGAAAUCAAAAAAUUAGCUACAUCAUCUGGUUUAUCUGAUCCCGACUUAGAUAUGACUGGUCCUACUGUCAGCGAAGAGUCAGCUUAUCGAUAUACAUCGAUCUUCCAGAUCCUUCGACGAAUGAUGAAAUUAUGCGUUGUCGAAGGUCCUGAUGGAAAUCUAUAUGCGCGAGAAAAUGAACAACGUUUACUGAGAAAUAUGGAUGUUCAUGUCGUAGUACUCGAUUUGUUGAAGAUUCCCUACGAUAAAGCUGAAGACACUCGAAUGAAUCAUAUUAUGAAAUUAGCUCACAAUCUUUUACAAUAUUUCUGCUAUAACAAUCCGACGAAUCAAGCUAAACUCUAUGAACUGUACUUUAGUGAUUACCAACAAAUAUCUGAGGAACAAGAAGUUGAAACUUGUUGUUACAUAUUUAUGAAUAACGUUCAGUUAUGUAAAACCAUAACCGAGAAACAUAUUCAACAUUUUGUCCAUCUGAUCGAAUUACAUGGACGGAAAGUUUUGUACAUCAAAUUUCUUCAAACGAUCGUCAAAGCGGAGAAUCAAUAUAUAAAAAACUGUCAAGAUGUGGUCAUGUCCGAGUUGGUCAGUUCGGAUGAAGUGUUAAUGUUCUACGAAAAAGGAAACCUAGCCGAUCUUGUUGAACGCAUGCAAUCAGAACAUGAGCGUACAGAUCCAAAUUCGUUGUUAAAUUAUCAUAUUCAACUCGUACAUUUACUGGCCAUGUGUACCGAAGGAAAAAAUGCAUCGACAGAAAUCAAAUGUCAUUCGCUAAUUGGACUAGAUGAUAUUGUUUUAAUUGUGACACAUCCAGACUCGAUUCCAGAAGUUAAAAAUGCGUAUAUCACAUUUCUCAAUCAUUGUUAUAUUGAUACCGAAGUUGAAAUGAAAGAAAUUUACAACAGUCAGCAUAUUUAUACACUGAUUGAGAACUCAUUUUGUCCCGAUAUUGAAAAACUGAUUACAAAGCCGAUGGAACGACGAAAUUUAGAGAAGUACAUCUUGGACACGGUCACCGAUCUGAUCAAUCAAUUCUUCAAUUCGCCCUUUUUUGAACAAUCGUCAGCACCACAGGAUCCAUACUUACACGAUGAUAAUCGAUCAUCUGAUAUCGCUCCAUCAAUCAUUCUAAUUGCUUCGUGGGAGCACCGCAAUACAAUCUUAAUAUCCUUACAUAGUCAUCUUGCUCGACUGUUGAAUGUAUCAUGGUUAUCUCCUGCCCAACGUGAACGAGUCGAUCGAUGUAUUCAUAUUUUAUCAUUGAUUGCUGACCGCCGUGGUUUGAGUCAUUUCUUACGUUCAAACCAUUCGUCGAUAGCAGAACUUACCAGUCGCUCGCGACGAACAAGCCGUAGUGCAACUGCCGACCGUAUGCAUAGUGUCGAGCAUAUCUACACAGGAGGACAUAAGCUCGAUACUCUGGAAGAUGUUGAACACAAACGUGUAAUCGACAGUUUUGUGGACUUUCUCUCCCAAGUUAGCAUGAGAUUACAUCCACUUGUUCAAGCUGAAUGUAGCGUGUUGGUGGAUGUCAUUCGAGCACCAUAUGCGUUGUUUCCGGAAACAAAUGAAUGCCGUUUGAAAUUUCUCUAUGGCACAUUCGUUCACAAAUUGAUACAGCAUGCCAAAUAUUUGCUUACACAAACUGAUGAAAGUCUAUGUUUGCGCAUCAUGCAUGCACUCAAAUCAAUGGUCAAAAGCAGUUAUGAAUUCGAUACAAGGGGACACGGUUUGAGACUAAAACUGUUACGACGAUAUUUCGCGGAUGAUAAACAAUAUUUGAAAUCGUUGCAUCAACCAUUAAAAGAAGAAGAUGCAUUGGAAAGAUUACGAAUAACACAAAAUGAAUUAAAUAAACAAGGAGCUAGCGAUCUUGUUGUCGAACUAUUUAUGAGUGAAUCGCCAAUCAAUAUACUAGAAGAAAGUGUCAAUCUAGCCAUUGCAUUGCUAGAAGGUGGUAACACUGAAGUUCAAAUAAGUAUUUAUCGUCAUUUACAUGGAUCUGAGACAGCAUCGGAGAAGUUCUUUCAAGUAUUUUACGAUAAAAUGUGCAUUGCACAGAAAACACUGAAAAGUAUGCCGUCAACAACGCCAGAACUAAGUCAGAAUGCAGACGAUUUGGAAGAGACAAUCUAUUCGCCAAAAUCUGGUGCUAUGUCGCCAGUAUUGAGUCCGACACUCGCAGAACGACAACCAUCACUGAUACCAAUGCCCGACGAAAGCUUCAAUUUUGAACAACAGCCACUCGUUGUACAAACACUUAACGUUCAUGAACAUAAUGUGGUCACGAUUAAUCAAGCAGACGAAGAACCACAAGCAUUCGUUGCCAAACUAACGACAUAUCAAGAACCUGAACCAGUCGAAACUGCAAAAUCUCCCACGAAUGGAACAUUCGACAUUCUUGAUAUACAUUCUCAAAAUCGUCGUUUUAAACUCCCUUUUGAAAUCCGUAUUAUGCAACCAAUCUUACGUUUUCUGCAACUUCUUUGUGAAAAUCAUAAUCCAGAAUUCCAAAAUUAUCUUCGACUACAAGAUAAUAAUAAAACCAAUUAUAAUCUCGUUUGUGAAACAUUGAAAUUUCUUGAUGCAAUCUGUGGUUCUCAAACUGGUCUACUAGGCCUCUUAGGAAAUUACAUUAAUGAAGACAAUGUCGAAUUAAUCAAUCAAGCUUUAAAUACACUGACUGAAUACUGUCAGGGACCUUGCCGAGAUAAUCAAGAUGCCAUAGUUAAUCACGAGUCAAAUGGUAUUGAUAUAAUUAUCGCUAUUGUUUUGAAUGAUAUAACGCCUUUAAAUCAAAAGAAUUAUGAUCUCGUUUUGGAAUUAAAGGACAAUGCAUCAAAAUUACUUCUAGCUGUGAUGGAAAGUCGGGACGACAGCACCAAUGCCGAACGUAUUCUUCGAAAUAUUGUACCAGUUUCUCAACUACUGGAUGUUGGUUGUGAUAUAUAUGCUCGCGGUAAACAACAAGAAAUGGAAGGCAAGGGUGACCAAGAUGCCGAAUAUGAAGAAAUUCUACAUGACGAAGACACGAAUGAAAAUUCUGAUAAUGUUGCUCAAACUGUGGGUCAUAAUAUGUAUAUUCUUGCAUACCAGCUUGCUCGGCAUAAUCGUGAACUUGAAAUAUUGAUGAAACAUAGAACAUUGAAUGAUGAAGCGUUGUCAUAUUAUCAUAAACAUACGGCGGAGAUUGAAAUCAUUCGACAUGAUCGUUCGAUUGAACCGAUUGUUUUUCCCGUUCCACAAUUGUGCGAAUUUUUAACUGUGGAAAAAAAGCAAAAAGUCUUUCUUACAUGCGAGCAAGAUGAGCAAGGUUCCAAAGUGAAAGAUUUCUUCGAAAAAUUUCCGGAAAUCUUCGAAGAAAUGAAAUGGCAAAGAAAAUUACGACACCAACCAACAUUGUACUGGUUUUCAUCACAUAUGUCACUCUGGAGUGAUAUUUCAUUCAAUUUUGCUGUUUUUAUCAAUAUCCUUGUUGCCGUUUUCUAUCCAUUCAACAAAGGCUUAAAAGAUCUUGAUCCACGUGCCUCCGCUGCUAUAUGGAGUGCAUUGUUUGUGACGUUGAUAGCGAUUUUGAUGAAACCAAAUGUCACAUCUAUGCGUAUGUUUUUCGUUGCGGGAAUUCUACGAUCGAUUUAUUCAGUUGGACUUGGACCCACGCUAUGGUUAAUGGGAGCGAUACAAGUUCUAAACAAAGGCAUCUUCUUAGUCAGUUUCAUGGGUAACAAUGGAACAUUCUCGAAAUCACGUUAUGAAAAUCUAACUAACUUCGAACUUGUUUACCAUGUCGGAUAUUUAUUUUUGUGUGUGCUUGGCCUGUGUGUACAUGAAUUCUUCUAUAGUUUACUGUUACUCGAUGUUGUCUAUCGUGAAGAUACGUUAUGGAAUGUUAUUCAAUGUGUUGUACGCAAUGCCAAAUCAGUCAUUUUAACAGCUGUUUUUGCUGUUAUAAUCAUCUAUCUCUUUGCUAUAUGCGGUUAUCUAUUCAUCCAAGAUGAUUUUCUUAUGGAAGUGAACACUAAAUCACUCGCAAUAGCUCAUGAAAAUCAGACAAAUAUAUUGAAUAUCGUUUUUCGAGAUGCAACUUUAUUACAAGUAACUCAAUCAGUAACACGUAAUGGCAAAUCUAUCAUGUUAACAAUGAUGCUUGCACUUGUUCUAAUCUAUCUUUUCUCUGUCAUGGGUUUUGUCUUCUUUCGUGAUGACUUUCUAACACAUGUUCAAACAAGUCUAUAUUCAUCACAUCCACAACAUCGACAUCGAUGGACAAGUAACUUAGCCAAAGCCACGACAUUGACACCGGCUACCAUUCCAAGCACUGUCGAUAACGGAUACUGUACUAAGGACAAUUGUACAAAUGACACGCUAACAGGACAUAUUCGACACGCUACGCAAGCAUCGACUAUUUUGCCAGAAGAAGCAGCAGAUGAAGAAGUUGAACGAUCUUGUGACACGUUAUUCAUGUGUAUUGUAACAACUCUUAACAAAGGCUUGAGAAAUGGUGGUGGUAUAGGCGAUGUACUAAGGCAGCCAUCUAGUCAAGAGCCACUCUACUUCUUCCGUGUUAUCUAUGACAUGAUGUUCUUCUUCAUUGUUAUUAUUAUAACUCUUAAUUUGAUUUUUGGUGUCAUCAUCGACAAUUUUGCUGACCUUCGUACAGAAAAACAACGUAACGAUGAAAUUCUCCGAAAUACAUGUUUCAUUUGCGGGCUCGAUCGUAAAUCAUUCGAUAAUAAACAUGUGACAUUUGAAGACCAUAUCCGUAAAGUUCAUAAUAUGUGGAAUUAUGUUUAUUUUAUGGUUUUAAUCAACGUUAAAGAUCCAACUGAAUAUACAGGCCCUGAAAGUUACGUUCACGAAAUGAUCGAACAACGUAAUCUCGAUUGGUUUCCACGAAUGCGCACAAGUAGUUUGGAUAUUCAAGAGGAUAAAAACAAAGAAGAUCUCGACAAUCGAAUAUUAAAACUGCAAAUGGACGAUGCAAACAAAGCGAUCAAAUCUCUGACGAUGGAAUUAUCGGAAUUGCAAAAAUUAGUAACCGAUUCUCGAGCACAAAAACAUCGAAUGAAUUUUCUGCAAAAUCCAUCAAUACCAACACCAUUGAAUUCAUAA